GUACCCUCUUCCCCUCCCUCCCCAAAGGUCAGCAGUCUCUGGUCAUUCCCUGCACUGUCUGCAGUCUCUGGUCAUCCCCUGCACUGUCUGCAGUCUCUGGUCAUCCCCUGCACUGUCCGCAGUCUCUGGUCAUUCCCUGCACUGUCCGCAGUCUCUAGUCAUCCCCUGUACUGUCUGCAGUCUCUGGUCAUUCCCUGCACUGUCUGCAGUCUCUGGUCAUCGCCUGCACUGUCUGCAGUCUCUGGUCAUUCCCUGCACUGUGUCCGCAGUCUCUGGUCAUUCCCUGCACUAUGUCCGCAGUCUCUGGUCAUCCCCUGCACUGUGUCCGCAGUCUCUGGUCAUCCCCUGCACUGUGUCCGCAGUCUCUGGUCAUUCCCUGUACUGUCAGCAGUCUCUGGUCAUCCCCUGCACUGUCCGCAGUCUCUGGCCAUCUCCUGUACUGUGUCCGCAGUCUCUGGUCCAUCUCCUGUACUGUGUCCGCAGUCUCUGGUCCAUCUCCUGUACUGUGUCCGCAGUCUCUGGUCCAUCUCCUGUACUGUGUCCGCAGUCUCUGGUCCUCUCCUGCACUGUGUCCGCAGUCUCUGGUCAUCUCCUGUACUGUGUCCGCAGUCUCUGGUCAUCUCCUGUACUGUGUCCGCAGUCUCUGGUCAUCUCCUGUACUGUGUCCGCAGUCUCUGGUCAUCUCCUGUACUGUGUCCGCAGUCUCUGGUC